CUCCAAUUCCAGAAACUAUUACAUCUGCAAAUCAAUUAAAAAUCAGAAUAUGUGCCGCACACAAACAAUACUUUUUUGAAUGUUGGACAAUUACAUUUUCUUAUCUGUUUCUGUUCUUCAUAUGAUGGUUUUCUAAACGCUUCUGAGAAAAACCAUACAAAAUUCACACACCAUAAAAAUGGUAAGCAUGCAAAACCAGCGUAAAAGUACCAGCGACACAGGUACAGUUUCCUGUCGUUCUUCAUUUUUGAUAAAUCCAUUUUUGUAGGCUUAUAAUACUCACAAAUCGUCUCAAUUUCUGUUACACAUUUGUACCUAAACCUACAAAGGUGUCGAAAAUCUACAGGAUGAUGAAUCACAAAGAACCACUACGCAAAUUCCAUAUUCCCUGACAGCUGAUUCAGAUUACAGACAACAAAUGUCAAUUUUGCUACUUUCUUUGCAUUGGUGUUGUCAGUACUGGUAAGUCAAACUCCAGGGUACCCAACUAUGAAAUUCUACUCUAAUUAGUUUUACUUAAUCGUAUUAUUUGAAAUGAAAAUUUCAUUGCAAUAUAUAGAAAGGUAAUAGUUGUAAAAUAUAACAAGGAAUUUUAAGAGGUAGAUAUUUUUUAUUCUCUUAAAACAGUUGUGAAAGUCUCCGAAGUGGUAACACAAUCUAGUCUCACCAACAUAUUAGCAAAAAUUGUUCAAUGUCUGUUAAUACUUUACAUCAUCCACCACACCUGCUGUCGCCUGCAGUGUUCCACCACUUUGUAUACAAUUAGUGUGUGGAGCAGGUUGAGGUUCAUGGUUACGUGAAAAGUAAGUUCAUUGGGAUGAAUUGCACAUUUAAAAUGUUAAAUUUGCAGGCUAACACUAUACGAAAAUGAUACGUGAUUACGUGAGGAUGUAUUUUUGUUUGAAAUUUUGUCGUGUUUGUGGCAUUAACUAUUCCGGAAGGCCAGAAUGUACACAUUUGGGCCAAAAUUUGCCAAGCCCUGAAAUGGAAAUCCCUUUUCAUUGAAAAUGUCUUUAAUUGCCUCAACAUACAUGUUCAUCAUGCCUUCGUGAGCAGUUCUGAAACGAACCGUUAUAAUUCCCCAAUGUCUACCAGAACGAAACCUACAUCGUAUGUGAUGUAGAAAUGGCAGAAAAAGAAAGUUCACCAUCUGCAAAGGCAGCUCAACAACCAGCGGAAGAUGAAGAAUUGAAUGAACUUUUGGCAGAUGCUCUAAAUGACUUUGGAAAGCCACCACCAGAAAAAUCCUCAGAAAAUCAAAAAUCUAAAGAAUUAGAUGCUGAUAACAAGCCUCCUAACCUUGACUUCUCUACAGAGGAGUUCAAUAACUUUGAAAAAGACAUGUUAAAAGCUUUAGCUGCCAAUUUCCAAGAAGAUAUGCAGGAAGUGUUAUCUCAGACUGCUUCAGGUUUGGAUCAAUCUGCUGCUGAUGAAUUCAAUGCAAAUUUACGUAAAAUGGCAGAAGCUACUGCAAAAGCUUGGUCUGACCAGGGAAUGGACAGCGACUUUGCUGCCACUAUAAGUGAGACACUGAAAAAUCUCUCAGAAGGAGCUGAAAAUUUGCAGAAUGUUUUCCCAGAUGAAAAUUUGUUAAAGAUGUUGGGACCAAUGGGAAUGCCAGGCGAAGGAACUGAUGAAAUGUUACCAUUCAUACAAAACAUGAUGCAGUCAUUACUUUCCAAAGAAAUUUUGUAUCCAGCUCUUAAGGAUCUCUUAGACAAGUAUGACACUUGGUUAAUUGAAAAUGAAAGCAAAUUAGAGGAAUCGGAAGUUUCACGUUACAGGAAACAACAAAUUCUAAUUACACAAGUAUGCUCUGUUUUGGAAUCAGAGUCUGAAUCGGAUAGCAGUGAAGUUAAGAAGCAAAGAUUUGAUUCUUUGAUAAACUUAAUGCAUCAGGUCCAGGAUUGUGGUCAACCACCUAAAGACCUUAUGGAUUCCAUCAAGACAUUUGAAGAAUUUCCGAAUCCUUCUGAUCCUUCUCAGUGUACAGUUAUGUGAUGAUGGCAGCUGAUUAAAUAGAGGCUCCUAGAUGGUGUGAUAUCACUUAUUUGUGUUUUGUUGCUCCUUGCCAAUGCUGGUUUUGUGAAAUUCUUGUAUUAAGGGAGGUGACACAAGAAAGUGAUUUUUGUGGCUUUGUCGGGAACUAUCAGUGUUCCAGCAAUGUAGAUCAUACAAUUUUUAAUAACUUGUCAGAUGUGUCUUGUAUGAGGCUCUGUACAUAUUUAGUGGAAGUCAUAGGUUUUUGUAUUUAUCAGACCGAGAGUCUUGUAUCCUUUUCUAGUUCCGGGCUUUUGCAAUGUAAAUAAGUUUUAUUUUGGUGUGAAGGCAAGAGUAUAAGAUUGUUUUCAUAAUUUUAUGAAGAUUCUGAGCAUUCACAUGUAUUUGUUGUAAUAUUGUUGCCAAAAAUUACAAAAUAAAUGGAUUUUGUUCCAUUUGUUAAUGCAGUUUAAUUUCUUUUUGUUGGAUGAACUUGUGUUUAUGAUAACUUGUGUUAAUUGCAGUUAAAAGGUGUUCCUAUGUCAGAAAGUUAUACCUUUUGCUUUAUGAUGUUGACAAAUAUUUCAAAAAGAAAUGACAUGAUUGAAAUGAAGAGACCACCCACUAAUAUAAAGAACGCUGAUUGCAAGUGUUCUGGGGAGAAAGAUGUUAGUUCCUCAAGUGUUGAAUCUUCUCUUACUUGCAGGUCGCCUCGAAUUAAACCUUCAUGAUAUAGCGAUUGAACCCAGUGACCUGGGAAUCCACCAGACAACAAUAGUAAUAUCGUCUUUUCUAAUCUAAGAAGAAAGGGCAGCGCGCGCGGCACCUGGUAGCCCACGAAGCCCGGCCGCAGAGGACACUCGUCCACCACGUGCAGCAACGGGCGUCCGCCGCGCCACAGGCUGCGCGUCGCCGCCAUCCAGCGCGACGUCAUCUCGGAGGAGACGGCGGCCGUGGGCGGGUGCCGGGCCACGCGCGCCACCACGUCGCCGUAGCCCCGAUCCACGUCCACCCGCGUGCGCAGGCGCGACAUCACGUCGCCCGGCGGCUGGCCCUCAAACAGCGCCUCGGUGCCCGGCAGCAGCCGCACGCGCAGC